AUGCAUCUCCCUUUGGCCUUUCUUACCUUGGGACUAGCAGCAACCCUUGCUCCUUCCAGCAUCUCUGCACCUUCGUCCACUAUUACUAAUAGUAGUACCGGUUCUGUGCCCCAUGUCGUACACGAAAAACGCGCCGCCGACCCUCUCGAUUGGUUCCUCUCCCACAAACCCUCCCCCUCCAAAAUCCUCCCUCUCCGCAUCGGGCUGACGCAGCAAAACAUCGACAAGAUCUCGGACCUCCUCAUGGCUGUUUCCCACCCCGAUUCCUCGGACUACGGGAAACACUGGACGCCGCAGCAGGUCGUGGAUACGUUUAAACCGAAAGCGGAAAGUGUGGACAGUGUGGUGGGGUGGUUGAGGGACUUUGGGUUCGAGAGAGAGAAGAUUCGGACGAGCGCGAAUAAGGGGUGGGUAGAGGUUAUGGCAAGUGUUGAGGAGGUGGAGAGGUUGUUGGGGACGGAGUAUCAUGUGUAUAAGCAUGUUGAGACGGGAGAAGAGCAGAUUAGCUGCGAAACCUACUCUGUCCCAGCCGACAUACGCAAACAUAUCGACCUCAUCAAACCCACUGUUCAUUUCAACCAUCGUCCUUCUCCAAAAACAACCACGAAAUUCAAACGCGCUGCCAGUGGUGCGAACCUCGGGAAACCCGGUGUAUCCACUGUCGGACCAAAGAAAAGCCCAGAUGCCACCCCCGUUCCACCGAGUUUGGAGAAUUGCGAUAAAAUGAUCACGUUGGAUUGUUUGAAGGCGUUGUAUGAUGUGCCGGAUUUUAAUCCUGUUUCCACGGAUACGAAUUCGUAUGGGAUACUGGAAUUCACCCCUCAAGCGUUUUUGGCUGGUGAUUUGGAUUUGUUCUUCUCUAAUUUUUCUCCUAGUUUGGUCGGUGUUCGUCCCAAGACUGUACUCAUCGACGGAGGUACCGUCGUUCAAACUACCAACCAAAGUUUCGAUUUCAACGGUGAAUCGGACCUGGACUUGGAAUAUGGUAUGUCUCUUGUGAACCCACAAACGGUCACUCUGCUGCAGACCGGGGACCUUGUCGAGGGUGCUGGAUUCGAUAAUUGGCUGGAUGCUGUUGAUGGGUCGUUUUGUACAUUCGAAGGCGGUGAUGAUCCUACCCAGGAUGGUAUUUACCCUGAUCCACUGCCUGGAGGGUUCAAAGGUCCAGAAUCCUGUGGCAUCCUCGCACCCCCUUUCGUAGUCUCAACCUCCUACGGCCAAGACGAAUCAACAAUAACCGCCUUCUCAGCCACGCGUCAAUGUAACGAAUAUGGGAAGCUAGGUCUCAUGGGUACGACUAUCCUGUAUUCGAGUGGAGAUAACGGCGUAGCGGGGAACGGAGGCGUGUGUCUCAACUCUCAAGGACAGCCCGUGGCGAACGGGUCUAUGUUCAAUCCUGAUUUCCCGGCUACCUGUCCGUUCGUCACUGCAGCGGGAGCGACGCAAGUCAACCCAGGAUCGACCGUGUUUGAUCCAGAAGGCGCAUGCGAACAGGUUAUCUUUUCGGGAGGAGGGUUCUCAAAUAUCUUCGCGAUCCCUGACUAUCAACAAACUGCGGUCUCGUCGUUCUUGACGAACCACCCGCCUCCGUAUACUUCUGCUCAGUUUAAUAAUUCUGGGACUUCUCGUGCUUUCCCAGAUUUAGCAGCGAACGGUGCCAACUACGUCAUAGGUAUUGACGGGGAAUUCGAGCUGGUGUUUGGAACAUCCUGUUCCUCACCUGUUGUGGGAUCGUUCAUUACAAUGGUUAACGAUGCUCGACUCGCUGCUGGAAAAGGUCCUGUUGGAUUCAUCAACCCCGCUAUUUACUCUGAUCAAUUCCAGGACGCGUUCAAUGAUAUUACGAUGGGGACAAAUCAAGGCUGCAACACAGUAGGGUUCACCGCUACGGACGGCUGGGAUCCUGUUACAGGCGUUGGGACCCCCAACGUCACCAAGUUGAUUCCGUUGUUCCUCUCGCUUCCCUAG